AUGUCUCAUCGCAUCUUUGUUAUCGGAGCCACAGGCGCUCAAGGUCUCCCUGUCUGUCGCGGCCUGACCAAAGACGGAGCCUACAGUCUACGGGUCCUCACUCGUGAUGCCAAUUCGCAGCGCGCUAAGCAAUUGGCAGAAUUAGGCGACGUUGAGUUCAUCGAGGGCUCAUUCGCUAAUGAAGACAAUCUACGAAAGGGUUAUGAAGGCUGCUGGGGCGCCUUUGUUAACAUUGACGGCUUUAACACCGGUGAAAAGACAGAAACGUACUGGACUAUCCGCGCUUACGAAUUGGCAAUUGAGUCUGGGAUCAAGUUCUUUGUUUUUGGAAACCUGGAUUAUGGGUAUAAGAAGAGUGGCUAUGACCCCAAGUUCCGGUGUGGCCAUUAUGAUGGAAAGGGUCGUAUGGCGGAGUGGAUGUUGACCCAGAAAAAGACUCACAACAUGGGCACUGCCAUCUUCACUACGGGCCCAUAUAUCGAGAUGGCUAUCUCGGCGCAGACGGUCAUGACUCCACGCAUUGUUGAGGGCGUCGUCACCUGGGCCGUUCCCCUUGCCGACGGAGCUAUUCCUCAUGUCGCCCUCGAUGACUGCGAGCACUACGUCCGCUGGCUAUUCGACAACCCCGAGAGAUCCGACGGACUCGAUCUCGAGGUUGCAAUCGAUCACAUCAACUACCACGACCUAGCAAAGGCUUUCCAGAAGGUCACGGGCAAGCCUGCCCAAUUCAUCGACAUCCCGGUGGAGACUUACUUUGAGCACAUACCAUGGGCUGCCACCGUUCCGUCUGGAUAUAACGCCGAUCUCAAUGAUCCUGCGACCAUGACAUUUAAGCAAAACUUUACUGGUUUCUGGAACAUGUGGAGGCACUCCGGUGGCAAUAAGGGCGUUGUUCAGAGAGAUUAUAAGCUUUUGGAUGAGAUUCACCCGAAUAGGAUCAAGACCGCUGAAGAGUUCUUCCGUAGAGAAGAAGAGAAGCGUAAGGCGCAGGGGCUACCGGGUAUUUUUGAGACAAUUGAGAGUGGAAAUCUCGGUAUGAUCCUCAAGUUGAGUGAGGACGGUAGAAAGGGCAAGUUGUAG